UUUAAAUGGAGGCGGUCCCUUACCCCAAGCAUUCUAUUUCCUGUGCUCUGAAAACUGAAACUUUGUUGUCUUGCAGCUUGAGUGAUAUGUUUUAAACAAAGAACUUUAAACGCAGAAUUGUGGAUAAGUUCUGUUGGUCCUCUUCUAACAGGGUUUGAUACAAACAACAAAGCUUGCUCUAAAUACACACAAACUUCCUGCAAAAAGCUACGCAGUGAACUGAUUACUGGCUCAUAAUGGUUCGAAGAUCACAGAGACUGAAACUGGGGCACGCAAGGCAGGAAACAAGUUGCAAGGAGAAGAAUGUGUGUGUUACAAGUAAGGCAACAAAGCAGUGCUGUAGGGAGCACAGACAGAAACUGGAGUUGUUUUGUCAGGAGGAUGAGGCCUUUAUUUGUGUUCAAUGUGUUCCCAGCCACUCCAGCCACAGUUUUUUGUUCAUGCAAAAGGCUGUCACUGUUUAUAAGGAUAAGAUGAAAGCAGCUUUAUCAUCUCUAGAAUCCAAAGUGACCGAUUUAAAGUAUGUGCAAAACCACCAGGAGAAGGAAAUCCAAGAUGACGUAUUAAGUCUGGAACAAUGUAUUACACAAGAAUUUGCAAAACUGCAUUAUUGUCUUGGAGAUGACGAACAGAAACUCAUCCAGCAACUUCAGGAGAAAGAAGAACCAAACAUUCUGAAAGAAACUGAAGAAAGCUUGCUAAGUGUUGAACAUGAUACUGUUUCCUUCCCCAUGGUAGAGUCUGACAUUGACUUGAAGCUCAAGAAUAAAGUAACAGAAGCUGAGAUUCUGGAAAAGAUGGUACAACAUAUUGAAUCCACAGAAAAAGAUGUUCUGGUCAUUCAGAAGACAUUGGACAGUAACUUGGAGCCCCGGCAGCAGGAGGCACUUAAUAUAGUAACAAUCCCAAUAACCUUUGAAGAUAUUGCUGUUGUUUUCUCAGAAGAGGAGUGGAAACUGUUAAAAAAACAAGAUAAAGAGCUUCACCGGGAAGUGAUGGUACAAAACUAUGAAAACAUGGUUUCAGUAGGAUACAGAAUUCCCAUUAAGAAGUUAUCACUAUUAUUCAAAGCAGAUGAACUACCAGAAAGUGUUGUAAAUCAAAGAAAUGUCACAGAACAGAAGGAUAAUCUUCACGAUAACCACAAGAGUAUUAGAAGCACAGAGUACAGUGUAAGCUGUAGGACACAGUCAUCAUUUGAGAGACCCGAGUUACACCACCCAAUAGAGAUCCUGCAGGACUGUGCUCAGCCUAGAAAAGUCUGUGACAAGCUUCAUCUCACUUCCAUACCACUGCUUCACCCAGGACAUAGCAACAAGAACCCUGAAUGUGACAAAGGAACAGCCGAAUUACAUCUUCUGACAGAUAAGCUGCAGCAGUGUACUCAGCCCAAGAAGGGAUAUGACAAGCUUCAUCUCACUCCUGUACCACAGCUUCACUCAGAAAACACUUGCAGCAAGAGCUCUGAAUGUGACACAAGUCAGAGUUGUCAUGUAAAGAGUAAAACGUAUAAAUGUCCUCAGUGCAGCAAGUCCUACACACAUUCUAACAACCUUCGAUUGCAUCUUGCUUAUCAUGCAGGGAUUAAACCAUAUAAAUGUGCUAAAUGUGAUAAAUGUUUUACACAGAAUGGAUGCCUAAUACGCCAUCAGUUUUCCCACACAGGAAUUAAACCAUAUAAAUGUACUGAAUGUGAUAAGUGUUUUAUAGAAAAGAGAGACCUGAUACGUCAUCAGAACUCCCACAAAGGGAUUAAACCAUAUAAAUGUACUGAAUGUGAUAAGUCUUUUACACAAAAGAUAGUCCUGAUACGCCAUCAAAUUUCCCACACUGGGAUUAAACCAUAUAAAUGUGCUGAAUGUGAUAAGUGUUUUCAAGAAAAGUGUAACCUCAUACGCCAUCAGUACUCCCACACAGGGAUUAAACCAUAUAAAUGUGCUGAAUGUGAUAAGUGUUUUGCACAAAAGGGAUGUCUGAUACGCCAUCAGUACUCCCAUACAGGGGUUAAACCGUAUAAAUGUGCUGAAUGUGGUAAGUGUUUUUCACAAAGGAGCUCUGUAAUACGCCAUCAGCACUCCCACACAGGGAAUAAACCAUAUAAAUGUGCUGAAUGUGGAAAGUGUUUUGCACAAAGAGACUCUCUAAUACACCAUCAGUACUCUCAUGCAGGGAUUAAACCAUAUAAAUGUGCUGAUUGUGAUAAGUGUUUUACAGGAAAGAUGCAACUAAAAUACCACCAGAAUGCUCACUCAGGAGAGAGACCGUAUAAGUGUCUUGAAUGCAGUAAGUCCUUCACAUCUCCCAGAAAUCUUCAAAUUCAUCUUAUUUCUCACAGAGAGGUCAAACCAUAUAAAUGUGCUGAAUGUAACAAGUGUUUCAAACAUUCCAGCAGUCUUAGAAAGCAUCAGGCUUUUCAUACAUAACAGUUUUGGAGUGAUUGACUAGUCCCAAAAGGUGUUGGAUAGGUUAGACAGGAAAACAAGAAGU